AUGAGUGCCUCCAAGGAUAUCAAGGAUAACGACGCAAUACUGAAAGAGCUGGAUAAAUUGGAAUAUCUCUUCCAUGGCUCUUCUGAAGCACCUAAAGUCGUUUCCGUCAAGUCCAAGUCGUCAUCUAUUCCCAAGUCGCUUGACGGUCUACUCGCAGCCCUUGGGGAUGCGAAGCGUCAAUUGGCGUCUGGAGUAUCCUCAGAUGUCGUGAAGGAUAGCUUAGGGAAGGCGGUAGAAGCUCGAAAGAAGGAUAUGGACGAGCGAUUGAAGGAGGUUUACAACUCCUUGGGACGAAUAGGAAAGUCACUGGAUAAAAGAUUUCCCGAGGCGCUCCCAAAAUAUCCUGUCCUAUUCAAUACUCCGGAGGCGACCAGGGCUCUGAACAGGGUGGUUGCAUUGCAUUUCAUUCGAAAUGGAGCAUUCGAUGUGGCAGAGACAUUCAUACAGGAGGCGAAUGUGGACACGAAGCCUAACACAAUGGACCAAUUCAUCGAAAUGCAUCGAAUUGUGGAUGCAUUGCGGUCGGAUGAUCUCCAACCUGCACUGGAUUGGUGCGCAUCGCAUCGGCCCUUCUUGCAGAAACGAACGUCAUCGCUAGAGUUCAACCUCCAUCGCUCACGGUACAUUCAUCUUCUGCUCAACUCAGGGGAUGCGGGCCCGGCACUGUCAUAUGCUCGUCGAUACUUUCCAGCUUUGUAUAAUGACCACUCCACCAAAAUCUCACGUCUUUUGAAUGCCAUCGUGUUCCUUCCAGCAGAGCGUCUAGCUUCAUCUCCGUACUCGGAACUGUUAGACCCAUCGGUGCAUGAGGAUUUGGAGACCCAGUUUUCUUUGGAGUAUUGUGCUUUGCUGCGAAUGAGCAAGGAGUCGCCUUUACGCUCUGUCGGCGAUAUUGGAGGGGCUGGUGCUCUGCUUCGCAUCGAGAAAGGAAAGAAGGUCAUGCAAGACAAGAAUACCGAUUGGGGUGCAUCUGCCGAGCUUCCGAUCGAGAUCCCUGUACCUCCUGAGUAUCGAUAUCAUUCUAUUUUCACUUGUCCAGUUUCCAAGGAGCAAUCGACUGAAGCCAAUCCACCCAUGAUGCUGACUUGUGGGCAUGUACUUGCGAUGGAGAGUGUCGGUAAGUUAACCAGAAACGGGGGACGUAUAAAGUGCCCAUACUGUCCUACCGAAUCCGUGGCUCCUCCUUUACAAGUCUAUUUCUGA